AUGAGCUUGUCUUAUGAGCUUGUCCUACCAUGUGCUCAGGUUAUUGUAGAACCACAGUUCAGUCCUCUAACACCAUAUCAAAGUGCGGAUUCAUUACCACCACCGGUUUAUGGCCUCCUGGAAGAAAGAUCCGAUAUUGAUGCAACGUUGAUAACUCCUAAAUUAGUUGACAAUUUGAGAAAUCAUUAUGGUAGUAAACAGAAGAAAAAUGGCGAGAUUUUAAGGUCACCUUCCAAAAAAUGGUUACCAACCGCAUCAUCAAAAAAUGCGCAAUUGAAAAACUGGAAAGUACCGCCUGGUGCUAAGCUUAUCGGUUACAAUGUUCAAAUGAUAGCAGGUUAUAUACCAACAACGUACCUUAACAACAGUCGUCAUAAGACUGGUAAAGGAAGAUUGGAAUCACAAGAUUCUGAAACAUCUCUGGUUACCUAUUCGGAAUAUGUUCCGGGUUAUAGUAUGAAUACGAUUAAAAAUUACGAAGUUAAUCAAAAGAGUGAUAAACUGAAUACAGUGACUGCUCGAGCGGAUUCGCUGGAGAAUGAUACUGAUGAUGAGCUGUUGAAUGAUGAAUCAAUCGUACACACAAAUUUUAAUUUCGGGAAGAGCAGGUUUCUCGGAAAGCGGGAAAAAUCCACUACCAUUGAUGCUACUAGUAGUACCGUUGGAAUGGUCGACCUCGGUGAUUUCCUGUGGCCGGUAAUUGAAGCAGAACCGGAAGCUGAGAAACAGGACGAAGAAAGCAUCUUUGCAAGUAAAGUGGAUCGCAAUACCACAGAAAGCAAUAAAGGACUUAGUUUUAUCGGUCCUAUCGAACGUAAUCUUUCAGUCUCGCAAAAAAACACUAGCAUCAGAACAACAGUAAAACCUUAUUCCCGAGAUACAAGAGGUAGAUUGGAAGAUAAUCCGGUUGCGGUAUUCCAGUCAGUCGUAGCGACCAGUAGUGCAGAAAGCACAGCAUCAGUAUAUGAUGAGAAUCUAGAAAAACUUCAGUUUAUGAUUCCACAAAAAGCAAACUCAUCGAUGAAAAACAGAUACAUUGACGAAGUGCUGGAAAAUUUGACCUCGAACUCAGAACAGCCUCAGUUGCGAGGUGGCGCAGGAAAAGCGGGACAAGAGUUUCCUCUUUUUCAGCAAUUCUCCCCGGCAAAAUUGCAAAUGAAUUAUACUGACGGGCAAGCUACACUGAUUACUAAAGAACCAUCAGAAAUGACAGCCUCCAGAAGAUCAUUACCAGUUAUAACACCAAAAACCACUAUUAAUAUUGCAUUAAUUCAACAAAAAAAUAUCGAUAAGAAUGGACCAACGGUUGAAACCAUCAUCCGAAUUACGGAACCCAGCAAUGAAUGUGAACGAGAAUCGAUGGAUAUCAAGAGACUAUCCGAGGUUCACGUUAUUAGUGCCGGAAGUGCACAGAAUUCAACGUCAAAUCCUGUUGCUAUGCCACAGUCGACGACAAUGAAGAUUGACAUUUCUGAGUUUGAUGACGAAGACUAUGAUAAAGCAGAGCAAAAUAGGGAUGGUAAUAGUUUUCCGAAGCUCGAAAAUCCGGAGUUUUCGGAAAUAGAACCCAUUAAUGAGCAAAGACGUGAGAUGAACGAGAAGCUGGAUCCUGGGCAAGAUUCUGGAGAUGUAAAUGGUAAUGAUGAACAUGAGGAGUCGUUACAAGGUGCAGAAUUCCGUGAAAGCAAUGGGGAUGACGGUGAUGGACGAUGGCUACAAGGAAAGCCAGUUGAAAUGAAGAAUAGUAGUGAAGGUAUUAGUAGCAGAAAUAAGGAAAACUUCAAAGAUGAUUAUGAUGAUCAGGAUGAUGGUGACGACGAUGAUAAUCAUGAUGAUGAUGUUCGUGAUGAUGAUGAUGAUAAUCCGGAAAUGAUUAAGGAGAAUGACGACGAAGUGUUACGGUUACAGGAGAACAGCGAAGAAAAACAAGGGAGAAUUGAUGCAUCCAUCUUUGUUCCGGGACAAAUCCCGACUUUCGAGGAAUGGUUAUCCAGCUUGCCGAUUCAGCCUGCUUUUCCGUUCGGUUCCAAGAGCGGUAUGUGGAAUCAGUCACCAGCUGACCCUAAUCACCAGUCUUUUUUCAGACCAUUUAGAAGAGGAAGUAAAAAUGAAGAAAAUAGGCAGGAAGGACAACGUCUUGCUGCAGAUUCCAAGAAAAAACAACGAGCUGGAUUGUAUAAUUACGAUCAUCCUGAGGAUAAGGACAAAGUUCAAUUCCAAGAGCAGCGAUUCAUAUUACCAAAAAACGUACCAUAUAAAUAG